GGAAACUUUUAAAGAGAAGCAGCCUGCGAAUUUUUCUUGUCCAUCGUGAAUGCCAGUGUCUAAUCUCGCUCAUAUCACCCUCGUUUCUCUGUCAUUCUCUCUCUAUCUCUCUCCCACCCAUUUCUCUGUAGCAUAAUUGUUUCCGCGAUAGAAUUGCUAAAAGAUAGCGCUAAAGAAAAACCAAAUGAGGAGAGGACUCCAGAGAGAGGUUCGUCUGCUCGAUUAUAGAGCCGCGUGAGCACCGUUGGUUUUAUCUUUGGCGGAAAGAAGGAAGCGGUGGAGAGAAUGGUGGCCGGUGGUGUUGACGAGAAGAGUUUGAUAAGUUUCAUCAUGGAGAACAGUUGCGGUGUUCUGCUCCGAGAGCUUCAGAACAUCUGGGCUGAGAUUGGGGAAAGCAAACCAGACCAAGACAAAAUACUGUUAGAGAUUGAAAACGAAUGCCUGCAACUCUACCAGAGAAAAGUUGAUGAGGCCACCUGUUCGAAGGCACGGCUAUAUCAGUUGGUGGCAGCUAAAGAAGCAGAGUUAGCUGCUCUCAUGGCGUCCCUUGGUGAACAAACUCCGUAUUCUCAGGCAGAGAAAAGAGUGUCAUCAUUGAAAGAAAAGCUUGCUGCAAUUACCCCUUUAUUGGAAGAUCUUAAAGUGAGAAAAGAAGAAAGGAUCAAACAAUUUGUUGAUGUACAGUUAAAGAUCGAGAAAAUUACUGCUGAGAUAACAGAGAAUGGUCGUAAUAGUAAUGUUGCAUGUGAAGAGCAAGACCUUUCAACGAGAAAGCUUAAUGAAUACCAAACGCAGCUUCACACACUCCAGAAGGAGAAGUCGGAUCGUCUCCAAAAGGUUCUGGACUACACAAAUGAAGUGCAUUCCUUGUGUGGUGUGCUUGGGCUAGAAUUCAGGAAGAUAGUCGCUGAGGUACACCCCAGUCUACGUGAGACCAGCUCUGAAGAAUACACAAAUAUCAGCACUAAGACACUUAAUGGUUUAUUUCAAGCCGUCAUUAAACUAAAGGAAGAAAGAAAGACUCGAACUUACAAGUUGCGGGAAACUUUGAAAUCACUGCUUGAACUCUGGAAAUUGAUGGAUUCAUCUGAAAACGAGAAGCAUCAUUUUGGGAAAGUCACUUGCAUCCUUGAUUCACCUUAUGGUGAAAUUACUGAGCCAGGUCUUCUAUCAUUGGAUAUCAUCAAGCAGAUAGAAACUGAGGUAGAAAGGCUGACAGAAUUGAAAGCCAGCAGAAUGAAAGAUCUUGUUCUCAAGAGAAGGUUAGAAUUGGAAGAAGUUUGCAGAAGAGCACAUAUUGAGCCUGAUAUGAGUACUGCUCCUGAAAAGACUACUGCAUUGAUAGAUUCUGGUCUUGUGGAUCCUACAGAACUUGUAGCUAACAUUGAAGCUCAAAUUAUGAAGGCAAGAGAGGAAUCUGUAGGCAGGAAGGAGAUUAUAGACAGGAUCAACAGGUGGCUUUUUGCUUGUGAAGAAGAAAAUUGGCUCGAAGAGUACAGCCAAGAUGAGAAUCGAUAUAGUGCUGGGAAAGGAGCUCAUCUAAACCUUAAACGUGCAGAAAAGGCGCGGGUGAUUGUAAACAAAAUUCCAGCUAUUGUUGACAAUCUUAUACUGAAAACCUUUGCUUGGGAGGACCAGAAAAAUAUGCCCUUUUUGUAUGAUGGGGUUCGUUUGAUAUCUAUACUUGAGGAAUAUAGACUGACUAGGAAGCAAAAAGAGGCUGCUAAAAGGCAAUAUAAGGAUCGCAAGAAGUUAUACGGUCCUCUUGAAAAAGAAUCAGUGUAUGGCUCCAAACCAAGCUCAAGGAGGAGUAACAGUUUAAAUUCUGAGAUGACUGGGUAUCAUAUGGAUGUAAAUGGAUUCAUGACUCAGACUCCUCGUAAACUAACUGUAGGAUGCGCAACUCCUAAGCUUCUGAGCCCACGUUCAUAUUCCAGUCGCCGUAACAGAUAUUUUAGGGAUAUUAGACGGUUAUCAUCUACGCAUUUGAAUUUUGUUAACUUACCAAGAGAAGAUACCUCAUCUUCGUUUGCAUCCAUUAGUGGUUCAGAACCCGAAUCUUCAUCGCUUGGUUAAUUUUAACUGGAAAUAACUAUUAUGGAAUGGGAAUAUCAAGACUUUACAGUAGCUAGCAUCUUCAGUUUAAUAUUUGUUGCUUCUGAAAGCUUUAGGAGCAGUUAGUUUACAUGGUCAGGGUAGACAGGAAUCGCUAGCUUGUUACUUAGCUUUGUAGUAUUCAUAUGAGUAAGGUGUUCUUUGGCUUUGAAUGCAAAUAGUGCUUUGUAAAUAAGUUGAUGAUUGUCUGGUUAGCUCUUUCUUAGUGUUUGCAAGGAAAUGUAUUUGAAUGAUUCUUGUUUUGUAAAUAGCUUGAAAAAGUUGCAUUUAAUAACUUUGCCUCUAUGCUCUUAUGAGAUAAUUUUAUUUUCUUC